UACCAUUAAUGUUGACAGGUGAGGUGAUUGUAAGGCUAUCUACAGGUGGCCGUCUUUUCAGAUAUUGAGAACGUUGGCGUGAUGGUAGGCCUACAAGCGCAGCUGUCGUCCUCUUCUAAGUCGCGCUGCGCUUGCGCUGUGUGAAUCCAGAAGGCAAAGACCAGAGAGUGAAUCGCAUUAUCGUUUUUUUGAUGGCAAGGGCCACUGAACGUUCAUAAUAAUAAAGCAAGUGAAGAGGUUUUGUAUCAAUGUCGUUUUGGUUCGAGGAAAUGGAGAAGGUAGGUACCGCGUCAUGGCUUUCGAAGCUGUGAAUCAAUGCGAUUUUUUUUUACAUUAGUGGCUACGAGCAAAGGUAGCUGGCAAUCAUUGGCCCGCUAUUGUGAACACAUCAGUAAUGACAGCUGUUCACUUGUGGCAAUAAUACACAGCUGUAACGUUAGCAUAUUUUAGAAAGACAUUGCCACUCAGACAGCGUGCCGGCUAUUAAAAAUCUGGAUACGGUCUAUAGGGUUUUCAUAACCUUCUAAUUUUAUGUAUUUGUUAUCGGGAUAGCCUGCUAAGUAAUCUAACGAUACACAUGCGCAUUAUAGUUGACAUUAAUAUAGAGCCUAUGAUAUUCAAAUAAAGGUCUCUCCUUAGGUUUUCAUGCGAUUAAAGGUUAAAUGGAUUGCCUUGUAAUAUUAAGCAAUUGACAGCAAAUAAGAAAAUUAUAACAUAAGGAUAUUGUCAUCUUCCCAAAGCAAUUUAAUGUCAUUAUUUCAGCUCGUCUCUACAGAUCUAAUGUGCGCUUUUAUUAUUAUGUAUUGCUUCGUUCCAAAUGAAGUGUAGGCUACACAUGUAUUGGAAUAAGACAACUGUGUGAAGAGCACAGCAUGUUUUUAUGACGGGACGCCACACGGAAGACGCCGAGCCUCUUGUCUUUUUUUUUUUGUGUGUGUGGGGGGAAUCGUUGGAGUGGUUCGAUUCCCUGAAUAACAGCUUGGAUGUAAAGGGGACAUUACAGUAAGACAUUCCGAAGAUGCCCAAGAGGUGGACCACAGCAACGCCAUGCAGCUAUCUCCCGGUCGUCUUGUUGGUGCUCGUUCUGCCCAGAUGUAUACUGUCGAUCCGUGCCGACAAAACCAUCAGCAAGGAAGACCAUGUUAGUGCUACGGUCAAUGCCACCGUACUUGACUCAAAAGGCAAUCCUAAACAAAUUCUAACCAAGGACGAUGGCAUGUACGGACAGAAUUCACCGAAAGUGGACGCGAAAGGAAUCGUGAUUGCACCUGCACCGAAUCAUGGAGUGGUGGACCGCCAGGGCUGCGACCCCCACACUCGCUUCGUGGUGCCUCCCCGGACGGGGCACUGGGUGGCCCUGCUGCAGCGCGGCAACUGCACCUUCAAGGAAAAGAUCCUCAAGGCCUCGGCCUUCAACGCCUCCGCCGUGCUCAUCUACAACAACAACUCCAAGGAGGACACUGUCAAGAUGGGCCACGAAGGGGACAGUAGAGGGGACAGACAGUGUGGCUGUCUGAAGGACAUGGAGACUGACUCCUGCGUGCUGGACCUCAGCCACAAUCACAGCCAAACACCAACACAGCCAGCAGGCUUGGGUACUGGCGACACGGUGGCAGUGAUGAUCACCGAGUCUUACGGCAAGGAGAUCCUGGGUCUGCUGGAGAGGAACCUGACGGUGCUGGUGAGUGUGGUGGUGGGCCAACACGGCCAGGCCAAGAACAUCAACCGUGGCUCCCUGGUCUUCGUCUCCAUCUCCUUCAUCGUACUCAUGAUCAUCUCCUCUGCCUGGCUCAUCUUCUACUUCAUCCAGAAGAUCCGCUUUACGAACGCACGUGACCGCAGCCAGGUAGGACAUAGACGUCGACUUGGAGAUGCUGCUAAGAAAGCCAUAGGGAAGCUGACAACCAGGACCGUGAAGAAAGGGGACAAGGAAACAGACCCGGACUUCAACCACUGCGCCGUGUGCAUCGAGGGAUACCAGCUCAACGACGUGGUCCGCAUCCUGCCCUGCAAACAUGUCUUCCAUAAGCUGUGUGUGGACCCCUGGCUGAAUGAGCACUGUACGUGUCCCAUGUGUAAACUGAACAUCCUCAAAGCUCUGGGCAUCAUGCCCAACCUGCCGUGUGUGGACAACGUCGGCUUCGACAUGGACCACAGGAUAGGACGCAGCCAGACGAUGGCCAGCCAGCGGACAGCCCUGGUGGACCUGUCCAGUGAGACAUCCAUCAGCCUGGAGCCCCUGCAGCAAGGCCACCCCGGCACUGGACCCCAGAUCCCCUCAGACAGCGGAGAGCUCAUCCCCCGCACCGGAGAGAUCAACAUCGCCGUCACCAGUGGGCACUUCUUCAACCGGAACUCCCUGUCCCCACUCAGUUUGGUCUGUGAGAUGGAGCUACCUGACACCCAGGCAUCGCUCGACCGCUACGAUGACAAGUCGUGAGGGUCGUCGCCAUGGUUUCGACCCCCCCCCCCCCCACAGAUGGCCUUGUACCUUCCUGCACACCUGCGAGUCAUUGUGUGUGUGUGUGGGGGGGUAGGAGUGGCACAACAACCUAGAUGACAACCUUGACUAACCUGUGGAGCAAUGACAUGAUGACAUCAGAUAUUUUCUACCAGUGCAGAAUGUACUAUUAUUGCCUGUCAAAAAGAAGAGGGGGGAUUAUCGUCCUCUAUUCUCCCCCUGGUUAGAUAUUCAGUAAAGUCCUUCCUUGACACUUUCAUUUCAACAACUGACUCUGACAUCUGUUUCUAGAUGCGGUAGUGGGGAAUUAGCCCUUUCUAGUCUUACUUUGCAGGAUCUCGGCGUAUCGUCCAUUUCAAGUGUGCUAGAAAUAAUAAACCACUUGUUAGUGCAGCCUACAAUAAAUCUGUAUAUAUGAUUAGCAAACCAUCAUUUAAUUUCGCUUCCUUUGGCUCUAAUGCAGUAAGAAAGGUCUCUUUCUUCCCUGGUGGACCAGUUGGCUCUGUUGUAUUUACUAUGCUGCCUAAACGACAGUGGAGAGGAUAUUUUGACUGGUGGGACAUGUCCAGACAUGCCUAGUCUCUCCCUCUAUAUGGCCAUGCCUCAAGUGACUGGUGUAAUGCACCCACCAUGGUGACUGGGUUCAAGAAUAAGACCAGUGGAACAAUGGACAUGCAGUGAUGCAACAUUCUGAACUCUGUGAAAAGCAGUAUUACUUCCCUAUAGCAAAACCGACGUCUCUGUAUAAAAAUGUGGAGAAAAAAAAAACAUUUUAACGUGUACUUAAAGCCUAUGAAAUACCCAGAUCGUGUAUUAAUCAACCCCUGUGUGUGUGUGUGCACAGUACCAGUAAAAUGUUUGGCCACACCUAAGAUUUUUCUUUAUUUUUUUACUAUUUUCUACAUUUUAGAAUGAUAGUGAAGACGUCAAAACUAUGAAAUAACACAUGGAAUCAUGUAGUAACCAAAGAAAGUGUUAAACAAAUCAACUAUAUUAUAUUUGAGUCUUCAAAGUAGCCACCCUUUGCCUUGAUGACAGCUUUCACCUGGAAUGCUUUUCCAACAGUCUUGAAGGAGUUCUCACAUAUGCUGAGCACUUGUUGGCUGCUUUUCCUUCACUCUGCGGUCCAACUCAUCCCGAACCAUCUCAGAAGGGUUGAGGUCGGGUGAUUGUGAGGCCAGGUCAUCUGAUACAGCACUCCAUCACUCUCCUUCAUGGUCAAAUAGCCCUUACACAGUCUGGAGGUGUGUUUUGGGUCGUUGUCCUGUUGAAAAACAAAUGAUACUCCCUCUAAGUGCAAACUAGAUGGAAUAGCUUAAUGCUGUGGUAGCCAUGCUGGUUAGAUGUGCCUCAAAUUCUAAAUAAAUCACUGGCAGUGUCGCUAGCAAAGCACCCCCACACCAUCACACCUCCUCCUCCAUGCUUCACAGUGUGAACCACACAAACGGAGAUCAUCCGUUCACCUACUCUGUGUCUCACAAAGACACGGCGGUUGGAACCAAAAAUCUGUCAUUUGGACUCAUGCUUGUGUUUCUUGGCCCAAGCAAGUCUCUCUUAUUCUUAUUGGUGUCCUUUAGUAGUGGUUUCUUUGCAGCAAUUUGACCAUGAAGGCCUGAUCCACACAGUUUCCAACAGUUGAUGUUGAGAUGUGUCUUACUUGAACUGAAGCAUUUAUUUGGGCUGCAAUCUGUGGUGCACUUAAUUCUAAUGUACUUAUGCUCUGCAGCAGAGGUAACUCUGGGUCUUCCUUUCCUGUGGCGGUCCUCAUGAGAGCCAGUUUCAUCAUAGCACUUGGUUUUUGCAACUGCACUUGAAGAAACUUUCAAAGUUCUUGAAAUGUUCUGUAUUAACUGAGCUUCAUGUCUUAAAAUAACGAUCAACUGUCGUUUCUCUUUGCUUAUUUGAGCUGUUCUUGCCAUAUAAUGGACUCAGCCCUAUUUGAUAAAAGACCAUCUUCACCUGUUAAUUGAAAUGCAUUUACAGGUGACCUCAUGACGCUGUUUGAGAAAUGCCAAUAAUGUGCAAAGCUGUCAAGGCAAAGGGUGGCUACAUUGAAGAAUCUCAAAUAUAACAGAUUUUGAUUUGUUUAACACCUUUUUUUUGGUUACAUGUGUUAUUUCAUAGUUUUGAUGUCUUCACUAUUAUUCUACAAUGUAGAAAAUAGUUUUAAAAAAUAAAAACCCUUGAAUAAGUAAGUGUUCAAACUUUUGACUGGUACUGUGUAUGUAUGUAAUGUAAUGUAUGUAUGUAUAUACACACACACACAGUAUAUACAAUCUAUAUACAUUAUAUCUCUAAACCGGCCUCUUGAAGUACUGUUUGUUUUCCUUUCACAAUCUUGUACAAGCGAAUUGGGUGGAAGGGUUUGUCCUCUGUUCUUGUUGUCCCCCUUGUGUUAUCUUUAUCUGAUAUUUGCGAUGAUGUAACGCGGAGAGGGGAGUGUGUCAGUUUCAGGUCACUGUGUUACAUACAGCACUGCCUCAGCAUUAAAAGUGUAAUUAUUGCCUAUGUCCUGUUGAAGCCCAUUCCAAUGUGUGCCGCUUCUUCAUGAAACACAGCCCAAUGUUAUUAACAUUUCAGCUGGAGUUUGGAGAAGAUUCUAUUUAUCUAUUCAGAUUAAAUAAAUUAUUAACUUCA